ACAACCGAGGUGACCCAGGAGAUGCUGUAUCAGAAACCUGUCAGAGUGAUGCUGUCCUUGCUGCCGGGUCUUCUCUUCCUGUACAUAAACGCAGUCAUGCUGUUCGCCCUGCUGAGGAAGCCUCUCUUGCUCGAGUCCUCUCGCUACAUCCUGUUCGGUCACUUGCUCCUCACCGAGUCUCUGCAACUUUUUGUCACUAUCCUGUUGUACGUCUUUGCUGUGACCAUGGUCAGAAUGAUCAGUUAUGUGUGUGUCGUCAUCAGAAUGCUCGGGGUAGUCACCACUAAAAUGUCACCGCUCAACCUCGCCCUGAUGUCUUUGGAGAGGUAUGUGGCCAUUUGUUUCCCACUGAGGCACGCUGACAUUGCCACCACCAGGAGGACCGGCAUGGCCAUCGCCGUGAUAUGGACAGUGGCCUCCAUGGACUCGUUCACCCAGAUUGUCGUGUUUGUCAGUCUCGACAACAAAGGCUCCACUGUACCGACAGUCUGCAGCAGGAACAGUGUCUUGCAUCUACAGAUUUAUUCCACCAUAUUCACGACCUUCACCAUUAUGUGUUUUGUAAUGGUGAGCACCGUCAUCAUUUACACAUACAUUGCUAUCAUGAUUACUGUGAAGUCAGCCUCCUCUAAUAGUCAAAAUGUCACUAAAGCCCACAGGACAGUACUGCUGCAUCUGAUCCAGCUGUGCCUGUGUCUCUCCUCUACUCUGUUCACUAUGAUAAACCCCGGUGGCAGGUGGAACAUGAAACGUACUGUGGCCAUUCAUAUUGAGUAUUUCCUCUUUUUGACUCUUUUAAUUCUCCCUAAGGGCUUGAGCCCGCUCAUAUAUGGUCUCAGAGAUCAGACCCUGAGACACAUCUUCAUCCACUAUUUCACCUUUGGCCUCAAAACCACCGUUAGGCCAUUCACUAAGACUUCUUUUCAAAUACAGUAAUUGUGCUUAUCUUUUUGAGCAGGAAU